AUGUAUGAGAAUGAUAACAUAACUUCUACUCCGAAGCGAUGUGCCCUUACUGAAGUCACGAACUCAAGUUAUGUAUCUCCUACUGCUAACCUGAAGCUUUUAACUAAUGUCGCCUUACAGUAUCCCACGCCGCCUCCAAGUGCAGUGCAUCGAAAAGAAAAAUCUUUGCAAAUAUUAUGUGACAAAUUUCUUAACCUAUAUCCCCUACACUGCAAUGGAACUAUGGAAAUUCAGUUGGACAGCACUGCGGCCAGACUAGGAGUAGAAAAGCGACGAAUGUAUGACAUUAUAAAUAUUUUGGAAGCAAUGCAAUGUGCAGUUCAUAAAAGAAAAAAUACCUACCUAUGGCAUGGAGGAUCUAGGCUAAAUUCUUUUUUAAAAAUGUUGAAGAAACAAGGGGAAAAUCUACGCUUGUCUGAGGCUUUGAGGGGUAGGGCUCCUAAACCACCUGCUCCUAAACAUAAAACUCUGGGAGUGUUGGCUCAGAGAUUUCUGAUGCUUUUUUUAGUGGAACCACAAAAUACUCUUAUAAAUUUAGAGAUGGCUGUGAAAGUACUUAUAGACACAUCUAACAAAAACAAAACUGACUUCUCGCCAGAGCAACUGGAUCGUCAACACAAGUCCAAAGUGAGGAGACUCUACGAUAUCGCCAAUGUAUUCAUAUCAAUUGGUCUGAUUGAAAAAGUUUCUGGUAAUUUAAUAUUAAAGAAACCAGUAUUUAAGUAUGUAGGACCUUAUAAAAUAAAAAAGCCCGACAAGACUGCAGUUGCAAUACCUUCACCAAUAACUCCACUCUCAGUGUUGGAUACACAACAAAAAAUUACUCCUUGCCAUGUAUAUGCUAGUAGGUCAAAACGAAGGUUGGAGUUUACUACACCAGACAAUGAUACAAAACUUGGUGUUACAACUCCUCCGGACACACCAUCACACAAAUGGGAUGAAAUCUUGCUUGUGGCUAACAUGGAACUGAAUAGAAUUAACAAUGGUAUUUUGUUGUGA